CAUUUUGGUUGCAAGCCAAACGCGAAGCUGCCACUCUGUAUAACUGAAUUUAAGCAAAUGCGGAAGUACGCAAAGGGGAAGCAUCUCGCCUCGCUACAGUGGCGAAUGUAGCCUGAAAAUCAAAACAAACCACUUUAGGAAAUAAGCGACUGGCUGAAUGCGACUGUGUGUCCAUAACUACAUAACCAGACUGAGUAUUUGUCUCAGAAAGAUACCCUCAUCAUGUCGAAUAUGGAGAAACACUUGUUCAACCUCAAGUUUGCUGCCAAGGAGCUACAGCGCAACUCAAAGAAAUGUAACAAAGAGGAAAAGACUGAGAAAGCCAAAGUGAAGCAGGCUAUCCAGAAAGGUAAUGUGGAGGCAGCCAGGAUCCAUGCAGAAAAUGCCAUCCGUCAGAAGCAUCAGUCCAUUAACUUCUUGAGGAUGAGUGCCCGUGUGGAUGCUGUGGCAUCCAGGGUCCAGACUGCUGUCACUAUGAACCAGGUAUCUAAAUCCAUGUCUGGGGUGGUGAAGAGUAUGGAUGCUACCCUGAAGAGCAUGAACCUGGAGAAGAUCUCUGCAUUAAUGGACAAGUUCGAAAACCAAUUUGAAACUCUUGACGUGCAGACAGCUCAGAUGGAAGACACAAUGAGCAGCACCACGACUCUGACAACACCUCAGAAUGAAGUGGACAUGCUGUUGCAUGAAAUGGCUGAUGAAGCAGGUUUGGAUCUUAACCUGGAGCUUCCUUCAGGCCAGACUUCGUCACUGGCUUCAUCUGUGGCAUCGACAGAGCAGGACGAGCUCUCCCAGAGGCUGUCCAGACUGCGAGACCAGGUGUCAUAAUGAUGCAGAAAAUAACAAGAUCAGGAGGAGGGAGACGAGCAAGAGAAGCAGAAAGAGACAGGGAGUGAAAAAAGAAAAAGUGGAAUAAAUGAAAAAGGUGCAAUGUGCCUACAAGCUCUGUGCCCUCCUGUGUGUUACAGGUUUGUUUCUCCUGUGAGGAAUGAAGACGUUGCUUCAUAGCAGAAAAGGAUUGUUGUAGGAGAGGUGUUGUUUACUGUCCUGGUAUUAACUGCAUCUCUCCAUAAUAGCAUUCAUUUGCACACUUAUAUUUAACAUUUAUUUUUUAUUAUUAUUUAUUAGCUCAGCAAUAGGACACCACUGUGCUAUAUGUUUCCUUAUUGUUGUUGUAAUUGUGUAUUGUGUAUUGGCUAAUACCUCAUUCCAAACGGGUUAUACAGUGUGUAUGAAAAGCAAAGAGCAAUAUAUUUAUUUUUAUUUAUUUAUUUAUUUACUGCCUGGAUAUUGCUAAGGGCAUGCAUUUACUGUAACUGUUUUGUAUUUUUCCUGCAUGACAUGAGGAUGUGGAGACUUCUGGUGGUGUUCUCCUCAUUUACAUUUUGCUUCCAGUUAUGACUGUACUGUUGUAACCCAAACUUAUUUUAUUUAUUUUUACAUUUCAUCCAAAAAGAGGUCUCAAGGUAGAUGUUUGCCUUGAGAAAGCUUUGGACAGGGCUGGAAUAUGAUGUCAUUAUUAUGUAGCAGUAACCACUGUAGUGGAUCACCAUGCACUUGCACAUAUGCACAGACAGAAAGUCAUUAAAAGAGUUUUUAACAUG